CUAGUGUUGAAGCAUCAAAAUGGCGAAUUUCGUGGUGACACAGGCGUCGUCCGGACGAUAGUGUCGGCGGAAACCUACUUAAUACAGGUUGCAGGCCGUCGAAAGCUGGGAAGGCAGCGGGGACGCCCGUUUUGGCGACAGCGCCGCGAGAGCACCGGCCAUGGCUGCCGAGGUGACGCUUGCGGACGCGCUCUCCAACGUCGACGUGUUGGAUGAGCUGCCUCUUCCGGACCAGCAGCCGUGCAUCGAGGCCCUGCCCUGCAGCAUUGUCUACCAUGCCAACUUCGACACCAACUUCGAGGACCGCAACGCUUUCGUCACGGGGGUUGCCAAGUACAUCGAGGAGGCUACCGUGCACGCCGAGCUGAAUGAAAUGCUCGAACAAGGCCAGGAACAUGCAGUUAUGCUAUACACAUGGAGAUGCUGCUCUCGAGCCAUUCCCCAGCCCAAGUCUAAUGAGCAGCCAAACCGCGUAGAAAUUUACGAGAAGACAGUAGAGGUGCUGGCACCCGAAGUCAACAAGCUCCUCAACUUCAUGUACUUCCAGAGGCGUGCCAUCGACCGUUUCACGGCCGAGGUUAGGAGGCUGUGCCACACGGAGAAGCGGAAGGACUUUGUCUCGGAGGCCUACCUCUUAACCCUCGGCAAGUUCAUCAACAUGUUUGCCGUGCUCGACGAGCUCAAGAACAUGAAGUCCAGCGUCAAGAACGACUAUGCCACAUACCGCAGGGCGGCCCAGUUCCUGAAGGUGAUGGCAGACUCCCAGGCCCUGCAGGAGUCGCAGAACCUGUCCAUGUUCCUGGCCACCCAGAACAAGAUCCGGGACACCCUGAAGGAGACCCUGGAGAAGAUCCCAGGCUACGACGACCUGCUGGCCGACAUCGUCAACCUCUGCGUCCAGAUGUACGACACCAAGAUGUACAUGCUGCCCGCCGAGAAGCACAUGCUUGUCAAGGUGAUGGGGUUUGGCCUGUUUCUCAUGGACGGAGAGGUGUGCAACAUCAACAAGCAAGAUCAAAAGAAGCGCAUCUACAUCGGAAAGAUAGACAAAAUCUUCAAGGCCCUGGAGAUGGUGCCCCUGUUUGGGGACAUGCAGAUAGCGCCGUUCCACUACAUCAAGAGCAGCCCGCACUACGAGGCCGGUCGCUGGCCGCUGGCCAGCGCGAGCAGCCCGAGCCCCCAGUCGGACCUGCUGCAGCACCUGCCGGGCAUCCGGGACGACUACGAGCGCUACAUCAGCGAGCUGGCCCGGCACAGCAACGAGGUGACCACCACGGUGAAGGAGACGCCCCGCACGGACGCCGAGAACCGGGGGUUGAACGACCUGGCGCUGAGGGGCCUCCAGUUGCUCUCGGACUGGACCACCCACGUGACGGAGCUGUACUCGUGGAAGCUGAUGCACCCGACGGACCCCCACCAGAACAAGGAGUGCCCGGCGGAGGCCGAGGAGUACGAGCGUGCGACGCGCUAUAACUACACGGAGGAGGAGAAGUUUGGCCUCAUCGAGGUGAUCGCCAUGGUCAAAGGGCUGCAGGUGCUCAUGAGCCGCAUGGAAACAGUGUUCACGGAUGCGGUGAGGCGCCACGUCUACUGUGAGCUGCAGAGCUUUGUGCAGCACAGCCUCCGGGAGCCGCUGCGCAAGGCCGUCAAGAACAAGCGUGACCUUGUGCGCAGCAUCAUCAUGUCGGUGCGCGAGACCUGCGCUGACUGGAAGCGCGGAACAGAGCCCAACGAAGAUCCGGCGUUGAGGGGCAAGAAGGACCCGGACAACGGAUUCGACAUCUCGGCGCCCCGGAGGAACGUCGGACCUUCCAGCACGCAGCUGUACAUGGUACGCACGAUGCUGGAGUCCCUGAUUGCAGACAAGAGCGGAGGCAAGCGCACGCUGCGCAAGGACAUUGACGGCCCCUCCCUGAUGGAGAUUGACCGGUUCCACAAGGGCUCUUUCUACUGGAACUACCUGCUCAACUUCAGCCAGACACUGCAGGAGUGCUGCGACCUGUCCCAGCUAUGGUACCGAGAGUUCUACUUGGAAAUGACCAUGGGAAAACGGAUUCAGUUCCCGAUUGAAAUGUCCCUUCCGUGGAUCCUGACUGACCACAUCCUGACCACCAAGAACCCUUCCAUGAUGGAGUGUGUGCUGUAUCCACUGGACUUGUACAACGACAGCGCCUUCUAUGCCCUCACCAAGUUCAAAAAGCAGUUCUUGUACGACGAGGUGGAGGCCGAAGUGAACCUCUGCUUCGACCAGUUUGCCUACAAGCUGAGCGACCAGAUCUUCGCCUACUACAAGCACCUGGCCGGCAGCAUCCUGCUGGACAAGCGUUUCCGAGCGGAGUGUGCAGGCAACGCCACGGUGUUUGCGUAUCCGGUGGCAAACCGCUACGAGACGCUGCUUCGCCAGCGCCACGUUCAGCUGCUGGGGCGCUCGGUCGACCUGAACCGGCUGGUGGCUCAGCGGUUGGGGGCUGCUCUCCAGCGCAGCCUCGAACUGGCCGUGGCCCGCUUCGAAGCGCAGGACAUCACCGGAGUUGUCGAGCUGGAAGGCCUCCUGUCCGUGAACCGCAUGACGCACAAGCUGCUGAGUAAGUUUGUGACCCUGGACGACUUUGACGCCAUGCUGCGCGAGGCGAACCACAACGUGCUGGCCCCGUACGGCCGCGUCUGCCUGCACGUCUUCUGGGAGCUCAACUACGACUUCCUUCCAAACUACUGCUACAAUGCCGCCACCAACAGGUUUGUCAAGGUGAAGGACAUCACCCUGACACAACCCGUGACACGAGAGAAGAUGCCCGGCGCCCAACCGCACUACAUCUACGGAACCAAGGCUCUCAACUCGGCGUACAGCCAGAUCUACAGCCUGUACAGCGGAUUCGUGGGAGCACCCCACUUCCGGGCAAUAUGCCGCCUCUUGGGCUACCAGGGCAUUGCGGUGGUCAUGGAGGAACUGCUCAAGAUCGUCAAGAGCCUCAUCCAGGGAACGUUGCUGCAGUACACCAAGACGCUGCUCAACGUGAUGCCCAAAUUGUGCCGGUUGCCGCGGUAUGACUACGGAUCUCCAGGAAUCCUGGGUUACUACCACGCUCAGCUGAACGACAUUGUCCAGUAUCCGGACGUGAAGACGGAGAUGUUCCAGAGCUUCCGCGAAGUCGGAAACGCCAUUCUUUUCUGCCUGCUGGUGGAGCAAAGCUUGUCCCAGGAAGAAGUUUGUGACCUCCAGCAUGCAGCACCAUUCCAGAACAUCCUUCCGAGGCCAUACUGCAAAGACGGAGAGAAGCCCGAGACGAAGUUGAAGCGCCUGGAGUCGAAGUAUGCCCCCCUCCAGGUCGUGCAGAACAUUGAGCGGCUGGGAACGCCCAAGCAAGCGGGCAUAGCCAAGGAAGGGGACCUGCUGACCAAGGAGCGGCUGUGCUGUGGCCUGUCGGUGUUUGAGGUGAUCCUGACGCGCAUCAAGUCGUACCUGGAGGACCCCCUCUGGGUGGGGCCCCCGCCCUCCAACGGGGUGCUCAACGUGGAGGAGUGCACCGAGUUCCACCGGCUCUGGAGUGCCCUGCAGUUCGUCUACUGCAUCCCCGUCGGCGAGAACGAGUUCACCGUCGAGCAGCUGUUUGGCGAAGGCCUGCACUGGGCCGGCUGCACCAUGAUAGUGCUGCUGGGGCAGCAGCGGCGCUUCGAGGCCCUCGACUUCUGCUACCACAUCCUGCGAGUGCAGCGCGUGGACGGCAAAGACGAGCUCAUCAAGGGCAUCCCCCUGAAGCGGAUGGUGGACCGCAUCCGGCGCUUCCAGGUGCUCAACUCGCAGAUCUUUGCGGUGCUCAACAAGUACCUGAAGACGAGCGACGCGGACGCGCUGCCCGUGGAGCAUGUGCGCUGCUACCCGCCGCCCCUGCACCCGUCCCUGGCGGCCUCCAGACCCCCGCCGGGCACCAUCUACAUGCGGGCAGACGCCGUGCACAAGUAGCGGACGGCUCGCGGACGACCCGGUAAGAAGAGGAAACCAAUAUUGUCUUCAAUAGUAUCUUUUUCAUUUCGGAUGCUUUUAGAUGGGGGCAUUAGAUGAUCUUUUUUUCGAAGCAAUUGUUUCCAGAUGGCAAAGGAAGCAUCAUGUAUGUGUGUAAAAAAAUGUGUUUGCUGCUUUUUUUCUUUGGCUCGAUGAUUCCAAACUGCCGUAGUUUAACUCGGUUAUUUAUUGAUUCUCGCCAGUUCGGUUUUGGAGGACUGUUUCUCUCCCGCAUAGCAGCAGUGUUUACAGGCACCGCUCGUGUAUAUUUUGAGAUGGGACCGGCGUGUGAAUGGGUUGUGACAGUUGCUUGCACGAGGGCAGUCAUCUCCUUUCAAAACCAAGUCUAUAAUAUCAGUGCUGAUCGUCGUUUAUACCUCAUGUAGUGUCAGUAAACCGAGAUAAACCUGCGGUCUUUGUGUUUUUUUAUACUGCCUGAACGUAAUAAAACGGACGUCACACACUUU